AUGUAUUUUAUGAUCGUGUCAUAUUUCUACCUGCUUGCAUGCAGCACAUCCAGCAGUCUUCCUCAGCUCACCCUGAGACCAUUCAUCCGGAUCUUAACCCGCCAACCAAUCAAAGUUUCUGGUUCUGCAGCUCCUAAACAGCACCGCAGAGGGAAUGAUGCCAAACCGGCGCCAUCGGUGCCUUUUCUACCCCAAGAUGUUUUCGCCCAUCUGAACUACAGGAACUUUGCUUAUCUGGAUUCGUCUGUCUAUGUCAGUUUCUUUGAGAUCUACAAUGGAAAAGUGUAUGAUUUGCUGAACAAAAAGACCCAACUCCAGGUUUUGGAGGAUGGCUGUCAGCAGGUUCAGGUGGUUGGACUGGAGGAGGUCUGUGUGUCCACACCAGAAGAUCUCAUCAAGGGUUUACAGACAGGCUGUGCAUGCAGAACAUCAGACCAGACGUCAGUCAAUGCCAAAUCCUCACGCUCCCAUGCCUUCCUCCAGAUUGUGGUGCGGCGCAAUGAUCGUCCCAAAACCUCACAUGGCAAAUUCUCAUUGGUCGAUCUUGCUGGCAAUGAGCGUGGAACGGAUGUCAACUGCAGUGACCACAGCACUCUGGUUGAGACUGCAGAAAUCAACUGCAGCCUACUCGCUAUCAAGGAGUGCAUUCACUCACUGGGAAUGAACAGUAAUCACAUUCCUUUCGGAACAAGCACUCUAACCAAAGUGCUGAAGGAUUCCUUCAUUGGGGAGAAGUCCAGAACUUGCAUGAACAUCAGACCAGACGUCAGUCAAUGCCAAAUCCUCACGCUCCCAUGCCUUCCUCCAGAUUGUGCUGCGGCGCAAUGAUUGUCCCAAAACCUUACAUGGCAAAUUCUCAUUGGUCGAUCUUGCUGGCAAUGAGCGUGGAACGGAUGUCAACUGCAGUGACCACAGCACUCUGGUUGAGACUGCAGAAAUCAACUGCAGCCUUCGCGCCAUCAAGAAACUUCCUUUAGACACCAUCGUGUAUGACGCCAUAUCCAAUGUCACAGAACUGAAGGAGAAAGUCUGUGCUGAGCUUUAAGGUAUUCUUUUGUUGUUGUUGUACUUUGCAACUUUUUAAAGCAAAACAGCUUUAAUAAUGAUUUAUUUUUACUUCAAGAGGGGAAAUGAUUUUAUUGAGGCAAUGAAACAGCCCUCAUACAACAUUGAGUUGGUACUUCCAGACUUGUUGAAUUAUUCUCAGAAGUUAAUGGGUUAGUUCAAACCCCAACUCUAUUAGUUUUAAUAGAAUAAUAAAUUAAAUGUAACCCCUUCAUGAUGUGCAAUGUACUAUAUGAUGUCAAAAUGUAUGUUACAACCUGUUGAGAAAAAAAUUGUAAAUGGGUUUAAAUAAUAUGUUUUGUCUUUGUCAUUGUUAGCGCCAUUUAUGUGACAUGUUUAUAGUUUAUUGCCAGCGAUGUUAUAAUUUAAUCUUAAAGAACAAUGUAUGCUUUUAUUUUGAAGUCAGUAAGUUCUGUUUUUUCUAAAAGGAAAUCUUUUGGGUUAAUGAUGCAAUGUGCUGCUGGUGAACUUCUGAAAAAAUGAAUGGAACGGUUGUUAUACCGUUGUUGGUAUGGAUGGCAUCAUUGGCACCUCUACAGAGCCACUCAAACGAUUAAGACCGUCUCUUGUUGUUCACUGAGUUUGUUGGAUUCAAGAUUGAAAUGAGAGAAACAAGAGAGUGCAAUGAAGAAGAAAGUUUAACAAAGGUAACUUUACAGUCAUCCAGGGACUAUUCUGGCUGCCGUGGACUAGGAGCAGAUAGCGAAACUAAACCACUGGAACUGAGCUAGAAAAAUGAACAAAAUGCAAGUAUUUUAGGAACAUUUUGUUGAUUUCUUUGUUGUUUUGUUUAUAUGCAUAACUCAUAAAUUAGAGUUUCUAUUUUCUAGCUCUGAAUUGAACUUAUCCAUCUAUACACUAUGUAUUUUUUUCCAUUUGUUGAUUAGAUUUGCAUUGUUGUCCUGCAUGUGUUUAUAGUUAAUAAAACCAAUUUUUGGUGGAUAA